AAGGUCCGAAUUUAGACCACCUACAGGCUCGACAUCAAAGCGGUUUGUUGUUGUGUCGAUGCUUUGAGCGCAAGGUUGACAUUAUGGCUUAUCUGCAGGAUACCCGUUCUCUCGAACCCGAAUAUUCCACAGCCAUUUACCCUUCUGAUGCAGCUCAGACACCAUAUUGGAGUUAUCAGGACAUAUUCCCUUUAGGGGCAAAGCAUCCACCACCCGGAGAUCCCUCGAGUGUUCAAACCAACGAGGCAGGCCUCGCAUCGCACUCUAUUCCAAGACUUCUCAAGAAGAUGCCAAAGUCGUCCGCACUUUCAAUAGCAUUAUCGAAUCCGAACAAUUACAAGGGUGAGCGCUCGCAGAGUGUCCCGCAAAGUCCAUCAAGUCCACGUCCAGAAGGACGAGCGGCGGACGGAACCAGUCCGACCGAAAAAUACACGGCGCUUCCUCAUAUCGCUUCCUUGGCUCAAUCAACGAAGCCAACAAAACGAAACAAAGAGCAUACGAAGUCCAUCUUCUCCAAUUACAAGGCAUCGAAGUCCUCGACACGCUUAGCGGCUUCUGAAAGCUCUUCGGCGAACAGUGGAAGCCCUGCAAUUUCUUCCAUAUAUCCCUAUCGAAAAGGCACUGGAUCGACACCAGAAUUGAGUUUGAUUGAUACAUCGGGUGUCGAAGUUGGAGGUGAGUUGAAAUGCAAUACAUUCGCUGCCAACAAUAGUAUUCUGUUGACACGCGCCUACUAUUCACACGCGCCUGCUAUACACAACAGCCAACUAUCCACAACAGAGCCCAACUAACUUGUGAUACAGGAUCUCGAUCUCGUGCUGCAACCAACGCUGCAUCUUCCCAACCAGAUAUCACUUCUACAUCCGCUCCUACCGGCAGCGAUUUCCCCCUUCCGAAAUCCUCCACCAAAAAGCAUUUCC